AAGUGCGUUUGUGAAUGCAAUAAGUAACAACCCCUUCCCCUCCAUCUGGCCCUUUCCAUCUCCUCCCUCCUCAUCACACCUUCAAAGCACAACAGUAAUCCAUUCUCACUUACAGUCUUCUGCUUUUAACGCAAAAGGUGCGUAUCUCUUUUAAACCUUAUACACCAUCAUUCCUCCCUUCAAUACCUCUUUUCUGUAACAUCAUCACUAACAUCACCAUCUUUUAGCAGAACCAACUAUCGAGCCAGAUCUUCUCGAUCAACCACAUAACAACAACUCAACAUGACGGAACCUCUCUCCAAGGUCGAUUCAGCCGUGCAGGGCCUCUCAAGCUCACCUCCUGCCAAGGAUGACAAGAAGACACGGCGACAAAGCUCAGCAGCAGCACCUGGCGUUUACAACGUCAAUGACCUUGAGGCUGAGGGCAUUGAACUCGAGCUCGCGCCCGAAACCCAGAAGACUGGAUGGAAGAUCAACACCAGCCCCAACACAGUAGAAGACCCUGCCAUUCUCAAGCUUCAUCUCUCAAAACCGCCCGUCAAGAGAAUCGACCUUCACUUCCCACUAGGAAAGGAGGUAACAGCACGAAACCUCAAGGGUGUAACAAUCAAGGAUGCAUUAGAUGCCAUACAUAAGGCAUACAAGAAGCGGGCCGAUGAUGAGCUCGACAAGCCCUACCUCGCUGGUUUCGAGUGGGACAAGGAAGAGUCAUGGACCCGACUUGUUGUUCACCUUCAGACUCAGCCCACAAGCACAUCAAUGGGCGGCUCUGGUGGUGGCAAGAAGAAGAAGAACAAGAAGCAAGACGAAUAAUUGCUUCAUACCACCCUAGUAUCUGUCUCAAUAGUUCCUAUAAUUCUUGAUCGUUUCGCUGGUUUCGUUGCGAGUCGGCGCUCGGGAUAUUGCGUCUAGAUAUUCUCGGCCUGGUCAUGUUGUAUGCGACUGCUGGAAGCGUCGCUUGGUGUACACCUCUAUAGUUCUUGUUAUCGCUGGUCGGUUAGGUCGGCGUUUAAGGUUCCAUGUAUAGUGGUUCCUUGAUAUAAUUUAUAAAUUCCCCACACAA